GUUAAGGGCGAAUGCAAGCGUGGAGAGGAAUGUCCUUACAGGCAUGAGAAACCCACUGAUCCGGAUGAUCCUUUGUCGGAUCAAAAUAUUCGUGAUCGUUUCUACGGAACGAAAGAUCCGGUAGCCGAGAAACUGUUGAAUCGGGCCAAAGCCUUGCCUAUUCUAAAACCUCCUGAAGACAGAACCAUAACAACGCUGUACGUUGGACGCCGAAUCACGAUUCGUUGGGGCCGACCUCAAUCUCAACAGAGUAUCAUUGGUCAGCUUGCAGAAGGUGUUCAGCAAUUUGAACCCGUUCCUGGCAUUCCUGCAGCGCUUCCUGCAUUUGACUUUUUCAAUUUGGUCGAUAUUCCAGAAGCGAAAAGACAGAAGACGGAUAACGGCCCAUCUACAUUAGGCACUAGGCAAAGUUUUCCUGUUGGCAUUGCAACACCUCAUGCUGUUCCGUGCGUGAGUCAAAUUCCUCCUCCCCUCAGACCCCCUACAGGACUUCCUCCUCUGGCACCACCACCAGGCGAUUCCAAGAUUGAUACUAACGAAGAGGUCGUUCCGAAGCCAGUGAAUUUUGAGUUUCCGAAGCUGAAGAGCGGAACAGCUGAAGACGUGGCGUUUGCUGUUGGAGCAAAGUUGAAGCUCACGUUCGCUGGAGCUGGGCUUUGCCCGAAAUGGAAGCCAGAGGAAGAAACUGAAAUUAAACAUGUGACGAUAAUCAUGGACAAAGCGGCAGCCCCAAAGGAAAACAGUGGAGAUGAAAUAGAACCGGAGAGUGAACUUGUAGUCUGUGCACCAAAACUGAACCCCCCAAAGGUGCUAACAUUUGACGGAGCAGAAAUGAUAGGCGGUAGCGUGGAAGUACUUUGA